GUAAAUUACAUCUUUGGACAGUAUAAAUUAUAAUAACUCUCAGAAAUGACUCUUCUACGAUCUCUCAACUUCUAUAUUGACCUUACGGUCAUGUUCUAUUUAACUUCUCGGUGUACGAUCACAGCCCAAUAUUCAGUGAGUGUGGAGAGACCAUGUCCAAUGGAAACAGUCACUUACACCUGCACUGCUCCUGGAAAUUCCUUGAGAUGGGUACUGUCAGAUGUUACUGACAUCGAUAUCCUCUCCACCCCAUCGGGUCUCAAUGUACCACUAAUGCAGUCAGGUUACACUGUGACACUGAUUGCAUUCAAUGACACUACAUUAACAUCAACUCUGUCAAGAACAGCAGAGAAUGGGAUCACUGUGUCGUGUCUGGACUUGCCUACAACUAUAGGAUCUUCAAUGAUCCAAUUGGUUGAUCUACCAGGACCACCUUCCACCAUAAGACACUCCACUCUGAGCAGCUCAGCCGAUGAAGUCCGUGUAUCUGUGCAGUGGAACCCUCCUACUGAGACUGGUGGUAGAGAUAACCUAACCUACACAGUAACCAUCUCACCUCCAGCCCAGCUCUCUGCUACUGUCCUCACAUCCACCUCUGUCACUGUGACUGCUCAAUACAAUGUGGACUAUGCUGUCAGUGUUGUGGCUACCAACUGUGCUGAGAACAGUACGACAGCUGAGUACAACUUUACAAUUGGCAACUGUCCUGUGUUGACCAACCCCAUGAAUGGAGCCUUUGUACCAGUCUCAAGCAGUUUACCAGGAUCCACAGUAACCAUCCAGUGUGACGCUGGAUAUGUUUCUGCUGUUACAAUGGUGAUAUGUGAGGGUACACUAAUGUGGAGUCCAGACCCUGAGGCUAUUGAGUGUACAUCACUACCCACACUCCCUCCCACAACUCCUCCAAUGAACUGCGCAGUUCGACUAUCCUCACCACAGAAUGGCACCAUCAGUGAUCAUUCAGUACCAGCUAUUCCUGGUACUCGUGUGUCCUUUCAGUGUGACGCUGGACUGUUCCCUGAGGGAAUGAUGAAUGCCACCUGUCUAGCUACAAGAGAGUGGGACAAAAAUCCAGGGGAGAUUGUCUGCAGAAAUGAGUCUAUUUCCUGUGUCCUGCCUGCCCCUCCACUCAAUGGAGCAUUACUCAACACCAACUCUCAGAACACCAACCUAACCGAGAGCUCAGUCAUUACCUUCCAAUGUGAUCCUGAGUUCUCACUGAUGGGUGCAGUGACUGCCACUUGUAACAACUCUGGUCUCUGGGAUCCUGACCCGGCUUUGUUGGAUUGUGUAUCUAGAAGUUUUCAAUCACCCACCCUAUCUACUGAUGCAGCUGUUUCUAUCAGCGUGGUUGUCACAGCAGUUGCUUUCACAGUCAUUGGAUUCCUCGCUGGACUCUUAGUGAUGCACCUUUGCUCUCGUAAGAAGGCAGUGUACUUUCCAGCAGCUGAAGGACAAACUAACUUAAGACCCACUGUACUAGCUGGCCCUGUUUAUGAGGAAGUGUCACCCAAAGAGGAGAUUGAACUGAACACUAACCAGGCGUAUGGACCAGUAGGACUGUAAAACUUCUGUUAAUGUGCAUCAACUGCAUGCUCAUGUUUUUCAAUUAAUGUAUAUAUGUAAAUAUAGUUACAUAGCAUGUAAACAAUUAAAUAGCAUUGCGUCUGCAUGUUCAUUAUAGAGAACAAUGUAAACACAACAUCUGCAUUUUCAGUAAAAUCCCCCAUACAUGUUUUGUAUCAACUAAAAGAA